GGCGAACCAAUAUAUACAGGGAAUAAUAUAAAUGUUGCCCAUGUUAUUAUAUAAAUAUAUAUAUAUAUAUAAAUACUAUGCAUGCAUUUUUUAUUUUCUUGGUUCUUUGAGCACUUUGUUAUGUACGUGAUUAACUUUGUGGCCUUUGUUUCAUCAACAAAAGAAAGAAAGCAAGAAAUCUUUGUGCUCGUCAAAGUUAUCGCCGUUGAGAUCGUCAUCAUCAUCUUCAGCUCUCUCUGAAUUCAUUUGUAUAUAUAAUAAGCUAACAAAGCUACCAAAUAUUUCAAGCUCCAUCCAACUCAAAUUAUAAAUUACUUAGUCUGAUCUUAUCUGAGAAAUGGGUUUUGGACGGUCGAGAUUCUUUGCAGCUCUUCUUCCUGGAAUUGUUUUAUUCUUUUCUGCAUUUUGUAGAUCUGAAAGAGGUCCAAACUACAGCUUCAUGCACAACGCAACAGUAGCUCCGGCGGUAUCAUACUACGACUACAUCAUCGUGGGGGGUGGCACCGCCGGGUGUCCGUUGGCGGCGACUCUCUCCCGGAAAUACAACGUCUUACUACUUGAACGCGGUGGCUCCCCCUACGGCAACUCCAACAUCACCAACCUCUCCGCCUUUGGCGCCGCCCUCUCCGACCUCUCUCCCACCUCCCCUGCCCAACGCUUCAUCUCCGAGGACGGCGUUAUCAACUCACGCGCCCGCGUCUUGGGCGGUGGUAGCUGUCUCAACGCCGGCUUCUACACACGCGCCGCCCCUGAUUAUGUUAGGGCAGCAGGAUGGGAUGGGCGGUUGGUGAAUGAGUCAUACCGGUGGGUGGAGAGGGUGGUGGCGUUCAAGCCACCGAUGGGACGGUGGCAGAGCGCGGUGAGGAAUGGCCUGUUGGAGGUAGGGAUUAGGCCCUACAAUGGGUUCACUUUCGACCAUAUAACUGGGACUAAGGUUGGAGGCACUAUAUUUGACAUGAAGGGACAUAGACACACUGCUGCUGAUUUACUCCAAUAUGCUAACCCCACCGGCCUUACCGUGCUCUUGCAUGCUUCUGUUCAUAAGGUCCUUUUUAGAAUUAAAGGGAGACCAAGGCCCAUGGCCCACGGAGUGAUCUUUAGAGACGCAGAAGGGAACAAACACAAAGCUUACCUAAGAAAUGGGCCCAAUAGCGAGGUUAUCAUAUCAUCUGGGGCACUUGGAAGCCCACAACUUCUGAUGCUCAGCGGAGUGGGCCCAGCACAGCAUCUUCGGGCCCAUAACAUCAGCCUGGUGUUGGAUCAGCCCAUGGUUGGCCAGGGCAUGUCAGACAAUCCCAUGAAUGCAAUUUUUGUCCCAUCUCCUUCCCCUGUGGAGGUUUCACUCAUUGAAGUAGUUGGAAUCACCAAUUUUGGUAGCUACAUUGAAGCUGCCGGCGGUGAGAACUUCGCCGGCGGUACCGGAAGAGACUAUGGCAUGUUUUCUCCUAAGAUAGGGCAACUUUCAACUGUACCACCAAAACAAAGGACCCCAGAAGCCCUAGCAAAGGCUAUACAACUAAUGGAUAGUCUUGCAGACGCAGCCUUCAUGGGAGGGUUCAUUCUUGAGAAAAUAAUGGGCCCAGUUUCGACAGGUGACUUGGAGCUGAGAACUCGAAACCCUAAUGAUAAUCCAAGUGUGACAUUUAACUAUUUCAAAGAGCCCUUAGACUUAGAAAGAUGUGUCCAAGGCAUUGAAAUCAUAGAAAGAAUAAUAGACUCAAAGGCGUUCUCUAGUUUCAGAUACGAUUACAUGUCAGUGCCUACAUUGCUCAACAUGACAGCCAGUUCUCCCAUAAAUUUGCUGCCCAAACAUGCCAAUUCAUCAACUUCUUUGGAGCAGUUCUGUAAGGACACUGUGAUGACCAUAUGGCAUUACCAUGGAGGUUGCCAGGUUGGUAGGGUUGUUGAUAGGGAUUAUAAGGUUCUUGGUGUUGAUGCCCUAAGAGUUAUUGAUGGUUCUACUUUUAAUUACUCUCCUGGAACCAAUCCUCAAGCUACCGUUAUGAUGCUUGGAAGGUACAUGGGAAUGAGGAUAUUAAGUGAGAGGCUGGCCAUGGAGGAUGAGUCAAAGUGAUAUUCAAUAUCAUUUUACUAUAUUUUUCUAAUUGAUCUCCUUUUCCAUUGAUUAGUGUUGUAAGGAGAUCUAUUUAUUAUAUAAAGUUAUAUAUUACUAGAUUAUUUAGAUUGCAAUAAUAAUUAAGUUUUAGAUUACAAUUAUGUAAUUUAAAGUACACUCUUACAUAACAAAAUAUGUUUAGUUUGUACCA